GUUGAAAAAACAUUUGAAAUUAUUUCGAGAAACAAAAAGCUACUAGUAUUAUCUGUCAAGCUCCUGUUAAUCAUGGGGAAUUCCUGCAGCAGACACUGACUGAGGGAAGUCGAUCAUUGGAGGAAAAAAAAAACACGCCUGAGGGGUUAACUGGCUACUGCGAGCUGUAGUAGAAAGGAGUCAAGAGUUAGAUUUGAAAUAAUAAAUCUAAAAUCUUUUAUUAAUUAAACUCACACACCUGUCCACAGCUGACUUACCACGCUAUAUAUAGGCAACCUAGUAGUGAUUUAAACAUUUACAGCGGCAUAUUCUUACUGUAUCGAUUCCAUGUUUGUCAGGUACCUCAAGGAUACUACACACAGCAGGAGUGGGAUUUGAACCAGCAACCUUCAGACUGUAAGCUCUGCAAGUGUUUCCAACACCCUCAGAAGCACAAGGAGCCUUGUCACUUAGACUCCUAUGGUAUGCCAUCUUUUAGUGGAGCGGGAUGUAAUGUUGCUGCAACGCUCUGGUUUGGCCCAGUCCCCUUCUGGGCACGAGAGGAACCAGCCAGGUCUCGCACUUUGGCUGGGAAAUGUUUGAAGUGAAAGCCAUGAACGUGGAGAAGGUGGACUCUGCUGAUGGCUCUGAUGACGGCAGCCACACACAUGGGUCUGAGCCUGUCUGGUUUGGGCCACAUGGGUCUGACUCUGAGUCAUUGUACCUGUAUGAUGGUCAGGACUCGGUGGUUUCGUCGAGCAGCUUGCCUGAGGAAAACUCUGGCCUCUCCCCCAUGUUGGCUGAAGAAACUCUGCGCUACAUGAUUCUCAGUGCUGACAGGGCAGAGCAGAUGGCAAGAACCUACAGUGACAUUGACAUGAUGACACACUUGCUAGCAGAGCGAGAGCGUGACCUGGAGUUAGCUGCGCGGAUUGGACAGUCAUUGCUUCAGCGUAACCAUAUGCUGCAGCAGCGCAGUGAAGCCCUUGAGGAUCAGCUGGCACAGGCUUUGGACCAGGUGCGUCAACUACAACAUGAGCUGGGGAAGAAAGACAAGCUGCUCCGCAUGGUUUCCAGUGCCUCAGAGGAGUCUGAGGCUGACAUCAACUGCCCCUCACCACAGCGUCAGACCCAGCCCCUGCACAUCGCCCUCGCACUCAGCCAGCUGGAGGUUCUGCAAAGCAAGUUGCAGGACCUGGAGGAGGAGAACCUGGCAAUGCGAUCUCAGGCGUGCUACCUGAAGACAGAGACCCUCACGUAUGAGGAGAAGGAGCAGCAGCUGGUCCAUGACUGUGUCAAGGAGCUCCGUGAAUGUAACAACCAGAUGGUGGCGCUAACUGAUGAGCUGUCUGAAAAGAAUGAUGAGCUGCUGCAUCACCAAGAGGAGAUUUCCCAUCUCCUAUCGCAGAUUGUGGAGCUCCAGCACAGAGUGAAAGAGCUUGCUUUGGAGAAGGAAGACCUGAGGCUACACUUGCAGGCCUCCAAAGAUGCACAGCGACAGCUCACAGCAGAGCUGAAUGAGCUCCACGAGAGGAAUGCAGAGUGCCUUGGAAUGCUGCAGGAGUCACAGGAGGAGGUCAAAGAGCUGCGCAACAGGAGCAUUCCCUCUGCAGGCCUGCAUACACACCUGUCCUGUGCCCAGUUUCCCAUGGAUUCCUUGGCGGCUGAGAUUGAGGGCUCCAUGCGGAAGGAACUGAGCAUGGAGGAAGAUGGUGCCUUCCAGGAUCAAAGGAAGUCUCAGAGACGUGUGUUCCAGACAGUGCGUUCUAUCAAUAAAUCAGUACAGUCCCGAUCCAUCACACACCACAUCCCUGGAUCAGCCUACAAUGGAGUGGUAAUGACUUCACAGCCCUUCCAAUCAAAUGUGCCAGCAGCACAACCACACAGCACAGAGGAAUCCUGCAGGAGGCCAUUGCAGCUAGGUCAGCCCGGCUCUCCAGGUGGCAGUGAUCUCAGCUCUGCGCUGCGCCGCCUCUCCCUGCGACGGCAGAAUUUUGCAUGUGAGCAGAAGUUUCUCAAGGCUGAGCAGGACAGAAAGCUUCAGGCACUGGCGAUGGCAGCAGGAUCAAGGGAGGGGUCCGAAGCCAGCAUUGAGGGGAGCACCUGCAGCAUCCCUGAUAGCAACAUUGUCUCCUGUGUUAGCAGCACCUCUGACUUGGCCACCUCUGGUAGCUUCAAGACCUUCAUGCCAGAGAAGCUACAGAUUGUCAAACCUAUGGAAGGUUCCCUGACCCUAUACCACUGGCAGCAACUUGCCCAGCCCCAUCUGGCUACCAUCCUGGAUCCACACCCAGGUGUGGUGACCAAAGGCUUCCACUGCCUGGUACAGGAUGCUGUGUUCCACCUCACAGACCUAGAGGAGGAUGGGGAGGAAGAGCUGCACAGUAGAAGGGUCUGGGAGGAGCAGAAGGCAAAGGGAGAAGACAAGGGAAAGAACCAUGACAAUGAGGAGGAUGAAGAAGGGGAGGGAGGGAUCACUUUUGUGGUUUCAUGCACAUCUACUCCAGCAGAGAAGACAGGAAAGCAGGACAAGAGGAUGGAUUUCCUGGAAUCCCUGCUGCCGUACAUACCACCUCGGGUCUCCAGUGCCCUCCCCCCUCCUUCUACACCUUCUUCAUUUUCAGCUCAAGGUUUUGGUUCACAGGCUUCAGCCUCAGUUCAAAACCCAGGAAAGUGUCUAAGUCUGACCUGCUCUACCUAUACUUUCACCACGUGCCGAAUCCUGCACCCGUUGGAUGUGACCCAGGUUACGCCAAGCUCUUUCUCUCACCUGGAGGCAGUGUCAGGCAACAUGCCCAGCUCGCUUCGCACAGGUCCUAGUACACCUGUUACACCAUGCCGACUAAGUCUGGGGGACUCAUUCCCUACCCACUCUACCACUGCUCCCCGUGGACUGGCUAAGCUCCUGCAAGAGAAAGGGAUCUCGGCUCAGGUUGCCAUAGAGAAUGACAUCCCACAACUGGCCCCAAGCCGACCGCCCAUUACACCUCCCAACUCACCCCUCCAAUCCCUCAUUCCCUCCCCACUGCCCUUUGAAGCACAGCAGGCUUCUUCCUCUGAUAAUUUCCUGGCAUCACGGCCUGCUCAGCUUUUUCUUCAGGAUGUGUAUGGGCUGAAGCUGGGCCAACCAUGCCAAAACCGACCCCCACCUGCCUGUGAGAGGAGGCAGACCAAAGGGGGCCUGGCAGAGCGGCUGCAACAAUUGGGUUUCACCAAGGUCCUGCAGGGUCCGGAAAAGGAGGCCCUGCAGGGGCCAGACAAAGACACACUGCAGUGCCAUGACUCUGCAACACUAUUGCUGGCAGGUGGGGGGAGCCUCCUGGACAGGUUGCGCAGGAAUCAGAGCCUCCCUGCAGUGAUUGGUGGACGUGGUCCAUCACUGACAAGCGCCUCCCCCCAAGCAACACUUCUGCACCCUACCACUCUUGCUAUCACUGUACCACCUUCAAGCAGCCUGUCAUAAUCAAAAGCUGUUUCAGUGACUUAGGUUUGGGGAGCUAACUCAAACCCAAAGGGGCAAACAAAAUUUGGGAAGUAGAGUUUGGGAUGGUCAAUGGUGCUUAGAGGGCUGACCCCAGCUCAUUACAUGGCCCUUUCCCCAUCCCCUCCCAACCCAAGAAGCACAUUCAGCAUUCAAAAAAAUUACAGCAUGUAGAAGUAUAGUUAUAGGUGUUACAUUUUUCAUUGUUAUUGUGUUUAUGCAGAGGUGCUCUUUAUUCAGGUUGAGGAAAGCAAGAUAAUGACAAGGGAACAGGAAAGUUGUAGAGGGUAAGGGGAAGAUGAACAGGUAGAUAUUACUUUGUGGAGAAAUGGAUUAAGAAUUUAAGGGAAAUACAGGCUGGAUCAUGAAAGUGUAGUGGACAAGACAGGAAAGCAGAAUGACAUGUAUCACUUGAGCAAAGUGCUAAAAGUUGGUGGAGAGGAGAACAUGACCAGUGGGGUUUACAUGUGUAAACACCUGAACCUCUUUGAUCCUUUCUUGUCCUUUUCUUCACUCCCCACACUGUCCAGCAAAAUGGUAACGUAUGGCCCUUUGCAUAAUCAUUGAAGUGUUUUUCCCCUUCCACUGGUUUGUAUAAUACCACUUUAGUUGUGAAAUCAACUACAAUUUGCGUUGAUGCCUUAAUGCAUCCUUUCUGUAUGACCCAGGAUCUACCGUAACCUCUCAUGGGGUCCUCUGGAAGUCAUGUGUUGACCUUGUUGCACCUAGUUUGAGGUCCAUAGUUAGACCACCGUAUGGUCACCUUAGUAAUGCCUUGUUGCUCUACAGAUACCGAUGAGCUACCUGGGACUAGCCUAUGACUUCUGUUUCCACAGACUAGCUCUGUGUUACAUAUUGUACUGGUCUUUUAGCUACAGACUUUUAGCUAUGAUUUUUUUGUAUCUACACAGGUCCUCCGUAACCACAUUAUAAUGCUCAGGAGGGGUGGGCAGCUACUGACACUUGGAACCCCCAGAGCUCUAUUUUUGUCCCCUCCUCCUCAACUGGCUUACCUGUCCAGUUCUGCUAUACGUUUUCACAGUUUUGUCACUGUCCUGGUUAUAUGUACUGCUCAGCACUCUUGUCAGUCUGCUGAGAAGAAUGCUCUGAAAAGUUAAUUGAAAUUUAAACUACCAGAGGUUUUGGGGUUCAAAUCUAAACACUCUAGAAUGUAUGCUAAAGCUACACUAUUUAUACUACACUUUCUCCUCCUAGAGUUUUUGGGUUGGUUUUGAAGGCAAGUGUCUAGAACAGCGGUACGGAGGCGUUAUCACAGUGGCUAUGUGAUGGUUGCAGCACCACGCAGUUAACUGAUUGGAUUUUAUUAAGCCCUGGAGAAUCUUCCCAUGCAGUAACCAAAAUGUUCUAAGGACUGUUCCUCCUCCUGUUGUUACUUUUCCUAUAUAUUGCACUCCUAAGUUUUGAAUAUAAUUUUUGGUGAGAGAGAAUUUUUUUUUUGUUUCUAAAUAAUUAAAAGGGAUUAAUAUUAAACAACAUUGCUUGUUGGGAAAAUAAUGCUUCCUGCUAAUAUAAUAUGAAUGUAAUAAGAAUAGGACACUAACAUUUUAACAAACCCAAGGGAAUUUUGAAGUGUCCUCCACUGAGUCCCAUGCAGACAGCACUGACAUGAUUCAGGUCACAAAUGUCAAAUAC